GGAUAGUUUUCCUACGAAUUUUCUGGCAAAUACAAAUUCAGUUUGCAAUCAAGAGCGAACAAGUAAUCAACCCACUAAAAAUGUUUCCCGACUCUUUGAAAAAAUGCACUCGUCGCCUCGUUUGGCUGUUUAUAGGCAUCUGUUUUAUGGGCUACUUUAAUCUGGAAUAUCUCACGGAACAUUUCGGCAAAGAAUCAGAAUUGAUUGUCAAUCGUUUCGUAAUCAACACAACUGGCUGUAAAGUGCGUUACCUGCCAAAACCAACGAAAUACGUGCCAUUUGUGGAGCCCAUACACGUGCUGGAAUGCAAAGGACCGCAGUUGAUCUCAGCGCAUUAUGAAGACGGUAAAAACUAUCUUGUAGCCAGCAAUGUGGAGGAAAAUUUACAGUGCAAAUAUUGGCUAAUGGAACGUCAGGAUGAUCGCUCAAAUAAAUACCUACUGGAGAGGGAGUUCAAUCUCAGUCCCGAUGAAAACAAACCCAUUCAGGUGGAGUCCAACCAUCAAAUGUAUCGCAUACAGUGCCGAGGUGCUGAUAAUUUCAUCAAAUACAAUGAUGUAAUAUUCUUUAUGCCACCGCCGGUCGAAGAGCGUACGAAACCACCAACGACAUACGAUCCGACACCCGAACGCUUGUCUGUCAUGAUUUUGGGCAUCGAUUCGAUGUCUCAGCUGCAUUUCGAUCGGAAUUUUCCGCAUUUAACGACCUUUCUGGAGUAUGUGCCGCACACGUUUUUCCCGGGCUACAGUCGCGUCGGUAUGGAUGCCUAUGACAAUGUGGUGCCUCUACUGAGUGGCCUGCGCCCCGAUGAGCUGGAGACAAAAUGUCUGUCGGUGAAUAAGUCGACAUACGAUAAUUGCGGCCUACUUUGGGAUGAAUUCAAGACGGCUGGCUAUUCCACGAGCUAUGGAGAGGACACCGCUGACGGCAUUUUCACGGAUGGAAAAUCGGGUUUCCGCAAAAAGCCUACGGACUUUUAUCUGCAUCCUGUCAUGCUUGAAAUGGAUAAAUACACGCGCUACAGCCUCGAUGCGAAUGAGCUCGUCCACUGCUCGGGUGGGCGGCAGUUUAACGAUGUUCUGAAUUAUUUCAUCGAUAAAUUAUCGUUUUACAUGAAAACUGUACCAUUUUUCUCACUCUUUUGGCACUCGCAAGGCGUCAAGGACUACUAUCAUUAUGCCUGGCGUUUGGAUGUGGACUAUGUGAAGCGUUUGAAGCGUCUCCAGGAGAUGGAUAUUCUGGACCAUACGGUGGUGCUGCUGAUGUCCGAUUAUGGCCUGCGUUCUGGUAAUUAUCGCUUGACGUCCAGCGGCAUGCGUGAGGAGUCGCGGCCGUUUCUUUUGGCCAUUUAUCCCGACUGGCUCCAGGCCAAAUAUCCAUUUGCAAUGGACAACUUUAAGCGAAAUGCUUUCAAUCUAGUGACGGCCUUCGAUCUGCAUGCGACCCUCAAGGAUUUGAUGGAUUUGAAUCUCCUGAGGGACUACCAUGUGGAGAAUCGAACGCAUGUAUUGCGUAACUAUCCCCCCAAGAAGAUGCCACGUGGCGUGAGUCUCUUUCUGCCGUUGCCCCUGAAACGGAACUGCGAUGCGGCUGGCAUACCGUCGCACUACUGCCCCUGCACCGAUCUCACGCAAAUACCCACCGAUGAUGGCAUUGUGGUGCGCACUGCUCGCUUUCUGAUUGCUUCCAUCAAUGGAUUUAUCGCUCCGCACGAGAAAUGCCAGCAGUUGCGGCUCUCCAAGGUGAUGCUUGCCUAUUUCGUGGAUCUGGGGGAGAGUUCGUUCGUCUAUGAGCUACGGCUGAGGGUGCGCACCGUGCCAGGGGAUGGCCUCUUUGAGGGACAGGCACGUCUCACGGAUAAGUUCCAUUUGACGGGUCCCAUCACUCGCAUAAACGAGUAUCGCAGUCAGUCCUUUUGCACCAACGAAACGAGCAUCAAAAUGUACUGCUAUUGUCCAGACUAAAGAACUUUUUCGAUCAAUAAAAAAAGAGAUGAAUCGU